GCUGUAGUAGUGAUGAUGAUUAGAAUCGCUAAAUGACAAAAAAAAGCAAAGAAAGUUGACAAUCAAAGCUAAUCUUUAGGCCUCCAUCGAUGUUAUAAUUUUUACUCAAAGCUCACUGUGAUCAAGUUUGAUUUUGUUGAAAUUUCAUCUUAAACCUCCUCUUCCACCUCCUUCACAUCUUCACAUCUUCAUAUCAUCAUCGUCUUCACCACAAUAUCCAUCAUCUUGGUGGGUGAAAGUAAAGACAGACGAUAAUCUUUCCACCCUUUAAACCAAUGGUUGGAAUUUUCUCAAUCAUUUGAUUCCUUCAAUAUCUCUGUCACUUCAUCCUCAUCCACCAUUAUCAUCAUCCUUUCCCUCUUUCUGUUUCUCUUUCUUUAUUUAAUUGUUCUCAUCCAUUCAAGUCCAAUUGCUCUGUGACUCGGUGACUCUGUAAUUGAUUUAAUAAAAUGGCCGAUCUGAUAACCCAUCUGAGUACAACUGACCUUUCAGUUCCUCGUCCGUCAGUUGCCUCUGUUUCUGAAGUGACUUGUGGCUUUACUUGUUGGCGGCCUCGGUUCCUUCGUCGAUAUGCCAAUCCGAAAAUAUUUGUGGCCAUAUUUUCAUUGAUUGCCACAAUGAGAUCAGCUUAUUUUGUUUACAUGAUUGGAGUAAUGUCAACCCUAGAGAAACGUUAUGCUUUCCCGUCUAAACUUUCCGCUCUUAUAUUAAUUGCUGACAACAUUUCAGGAAUGGUAAUGUCACCAGUCAUUGGUUAUUUGGGUACCAAAUUUCAUGGACCCAAAAUAAUUGGAUGGGGAACCGUACUGGUUGGCCUUUCAUCCAUUGUUUCAGGUUUACCUUACCUAAUCUAUGGACCGGCAACCCAUUUAUUAUCGGCUGAAACACUUGGUAUCAAAUCAUCUUCAUCAUUAAAUUCAACAACCAAAUAUGAUCUUUGCUCAUUAAGUGGCAAACCCGAGACUUGCCAGGAUGCCGAUAGACAUACAUUUGUUGUUGGUGCAUAUGCACUCCUCUGGGCUGGUUCAUUUGUCAAUGGUUUGGGUAACACAGCUUUUUGGGUUGUUGGUGUUCCUUAUCUGGAUGAUAAUGUUGAAAAGAAAAAUUCACCAGUUUAUUUCAGUACAACAAUGGUAAUUCGUUAUUCUGGUGUUGCUCUUGGAUUUUUGCUGUCAUCAUUUUCACUCAGUCUUUAUGAAAAUCCUACAAUUACCGUAAAUAUACCUCGAAAUGACCCUCGUUGGGUUGGUGCUUGGUGGAUUGGAUUCUUCAUCAUUGGAUUUGGUAUCCUUUUAUCAGCCAUACCCAUGUUUAUGUUUCCCGUGACUAUGAAAUCAAACAAAAAGCAAGAAGCUAAGAAAAAGAUGAGCUUUACUGAUGCUUUGGCAACAUUUAAAAGAAUCAUAACAAAUCCAGUUUUAGUGUUUGAUACUCUUGGCGGGGCAAUGAGAGUCAUUGGCUGGGCUGGUUAUUAUAUCACCAAAACACGUUACAUUGAAGCUCAAUUCCGUCAAUCAGCUGCCGCAUCAAGCUUUCUUACAGGUUCAACUAGCUCAGUUCUUAAAGUGAUCGGUAUUUUCGCUGGUGGAUUGGCAAUUUCAAAAUUUCGUCCACGACCCAAAGUAUUGAUUGCCUAUGUUGUCUUUAUUGAGAUGGUCUGUAAUGUUUUCAUAUUGGCUGGUAUAUUCAUUGGUUGUCCAGCACCUAAAUUUGGUAACAUAAUUGUUGAUCAAAACACAGCCAAAGCAUCAUUAUUAAAUGGCUGUAAUAGAGACUGUUCAUGUACAACAUCAGUAUUUCAACCAGUUUGUGGUUCAGACGGAAAGACUAAUUACUUCAGUCCAUGCUAUGCUGGUUGCCAAGUUAGUUUAACAAAUGAAUCUUAUUCGGGUUUCUCUCAGUGUUUAUGUCAAUCAGAAAUGGAUCAUUCCGUAACAAGUGGAUACUGUGAUCAAGAAUGUAAUACUCUACCACUUUAUUUAACCAUCAUUGGUUUAGCUGGCAUAAUAUCAUCAACUGCUUGGGCUGGUAAUUUUAUAAUUGCUCUAAGAGCUGUCGAUCCAAAGGAUAAAGCUUUUGCGAUGGGACUUAUUGGCAGUUGUAUGGCAAUAUUUGCUUAUAUCCCUUAUCCAAUUAUAUUUGGUUUUGUAACCGAUGCUGCUUGUCUGGUAUGGGAAGAGUCGUGUGGUGAAACUGGUAAUUGUUGGCUUUACGAUAUCGAUAAGUUCAGAGUAUAUUUGCACGGAACUGCGUUUACUUUAGUUAUGAUUGGUUCGUGUUUUGAUAUAGGAGUCUUAGUUUAUGCCAAUAGAUUGAAAAAUUUGUAUGAUGAUGAAGAUGAUGAUGUUCAAACAGGUAAAGGUAACCAUGAAAUGUCUGGUGCAAAUGGAAUCAAGGCAGAAGAAGAAGAAGCUCUGUUUGAUGCUUCACAGACUAAAUCAAAUUGUAAUCACAAUUAAUUUCCUGUUACCUUCUCUUUUUUGUAUCUCCAUUCAAAAUCAUCAAAAUGAUUAUCAUUGACCAUUAUUUUACCCUUACGCUUGUCAUUUUGGACAAAACAAACACGUUAUAUUAACUUAAAUGCUAAAAAUUAAACAAUUCACAAAAUGAUUA